GAACGGUCAAGCACAUUGUUGCCUCACUCCCUCCUCUUAUUAACGCUGCAGCUGCGGCUGCGGCGGUGGCGGCGGCUGCGGCGAUGGUGGUGGUGAUGGCGGUGCAGUGCCGGCGGUCGCAGCACGCAAUCAAGCCGCGCGCAUGGCAGCUCGCAGGGCGCCUUGCAACCCUCGCAGGGCUCACAUGGUGGCUCCCAGCGGGCCUUCUACUGGCGCUCAUGGUCGUGACGACCCUCGCCAUGCCGAUCGGCAUUUUACAAUCGCAAUUUCUGUGGGACUGCGUGAAAGCAUGGAAAGUGGAUGUCGCUGGCUGGAGUGUCAUCAACAUCGACUGCAGCAAUGCGACUGGGCUCAUUUGCGACGAGUCCGGAAGGGUAGUCCAGUUGUCACUGACAGACCAGUCUUCGCUAGUGAAUGGGCCCAUUCCGGAUUCCAUCCGCUACCUCUCGGCGUUAACCGCACUCGAUAUGAGGGGGAAUCAGCUCACAGAAAGCAUUCCUGAUGGCAUCACUGUGCUUAGACGCUUGGAGUAUUUAGAUCUCUCAGGCAACCAGCUAUCAGGCAGGAUUCCUGCUGGCGUCAGUGAGCUCGUACUGCUGCAGUACAUGAGACUAUACAACAACUCACUCACUUUUCCCAUCCCCGCCGAGAUUGGUGCCAUGACGGAACUUAUACACUUGGAUCUUUCAAACAACCUGCUAACGGGCACCAUUCCUACUACUGUUGGUGCUCUCUCAAAGCUCACUCUCCUGCGACUCUAUGCCAAUCAGCUCACUGGCCCCAUCCCUAACGGGAUUAGCUCGAUGGCGAACCUAAACAUCAUAGACCUCUCCCGCAACCAGCUUUCAGGCAGCAUCCCUGCGAGUUUCAGUGAGCUACGCAAAAUAAAGUCCUUCUAUCUGUACAAUAACUAUCUUAGCGGCUCUAUCCCUUCUGGCCUUGGCUCACUGACAAAUCUGAAAGCCUUGGACUUUAGUCUGAAUCCACUAAGCGGGACUAUUCCGUCCGACUUCAGCAGCAUGAGCAACCUGAAACAUCUGCAUCUCUCUGAAAGCAAUCUCUCGGGGUCCAUCCCAGAGGCCAUUGGCAACCUCGUGCGCUUGGAGAGUCUGUUUCUCCAUAAGAGCAGUCUCUCGGGGGCCAUCCCACCAGCCAUUGGGGACCUGCUCUACUUGCAAAACUUCACCAUGUGGGGCACCGGCCUCACAUGUCCGGCCAACUACACCAGCUGUGUCCAGAAGCAGAGUGCCGAGUCUGCCUUUUGCCGCACUUGCCCCUCCUUCUGCGGAACCUGCCUGGCGUCACCAGUGAAAGCAUGCAGUGCAGCAGGAGCACACAACGCUGCAGCCGUUCAACCCUCUAGUAGCUCAGCAGCUGGACUCCCCGUUGAUACCGCACUCGGCAGCACAGCACCUGGGGACCGAUCUGGCAGCACAGCAGCUCUGCUCCCCAUUGCACGCAUGCCCAGCAGCCCAGCAGCUGCACACAGCCUCCAGUUCUCGUUUGAGGAAGUCACUCAGGCCACCAACAACUGGUCCGAGAAGAACUUUGAAGGCUCGGGGGGCUUUGGCGAUGUGUACAAGGGGGUGUCGCCGCGCGAUGGUGUCACUGAGUGGGCUGUGAAGCGCGCCAAGCUGAUCGACAAGAACUUCGAACGGGAGAUCCGACAAAUGGCUGACAAGAACCAUCCCAACAUCGUUCGACUGCUUGGGUUUGCUGAUGGGGAUGGCAUGAAUAACCGGCCAAAGCAGGUCCUGGUCUACGAGUAUGUGCCCAAUGGCGACCUCAACAAGUGGUUGGAUCCAGAAA